AUGUCAAACAACAUAGAGACAGAAAAUGCAGAGUCUGUGGAUAAAAUGCUUGCUCAAAAUCAACCACAGAUAUUAAGUGAUCUUGUUAAUGGUUGUAAUACGUUAGGCCAGAGUUCAGAUGGCCAAACUGAAUUAGAUUAUCCGCGAAGAGACUCCCAGGCAGAUUCGAACCACAUUUAUGAUGGUUUUAAGGGGUCAAAUAUGUCGGACCUUGAGGGAUCACUAGGAAAUGAUACUAGAGCUGAUAAAGCUGAAUUAUCGGAAGAAAUAUCUGUUGAUGAUGUAAAUAAUUUAGAGACUCUAACCAAAAUAAGAACGAAUCCAUUCUCUAGAAAAUUGAAGGAUCAAAGAAAGAAAAUUGGAAUAAAAUUCGUUGUAACAAUUCUAAUAUUUGCUGUUUUUAUAUUCACAAUUUUCACAUUAUAUCAGGGAUCUACUGUCGAUACAGAGAAGUACUAUCAUAGAUUAAAUUUUUUAGCUGUACUUCAGGAUGACACAUUGACUUCAGAAAUGAUGGAACUUCCAAUAAUACCAUUGACUGAAAUUGUAAAUGCAACUAUCCAAACGACUCCAGGGAAAUGGAGUGUUUAUAAUAGUACAACUUUUUCAGAAAAAUAUAAUAUUUCAAUGGAUACUGAAACGAUAAAUAGUAAAAUAAUUGAACGAGUAUACCAUGAAUACUUUUGGAUAUCUUUAAAUGUUAAGCCUAAUGCAACAUUACAACUUUUUAACUCUAUCGUGAACUCCACUGCAGUGCCAUUUAAUGCGACAGAUAUAUUUGAAGUGACUUUUGUCAGUGGAAGAGACCCUACAAAUAUACCUCCAAACAUCUUACCAUUAGUUCAAGGUCUUGAAGCCAGAUUUAAAGCCUAUUACUAUAGUACCUAUUUACCAAGUUUUUUAGCUAAUAUAAGAGAUAGCAGCAAUUACACUAUUUCUACUAACCUGGAAAAUUUGGCUUCAGCGGGUAAUAUUGGGUUCUAUUAUAACGAUUAUAGACCAUUUUAUCGUCGUGGACUCAUUACACCAACGCAAGUUGGUGUUAUUGAUGGUUUGUUACUAACAGUCUUCCAAUUCUUAAUUUAUUCACCUUUGCAUAUGGAAAUGUCCAAGUUACUUUGUCCUAGGAACUAUAUAGUAUACAGAUUAUCGAUAUCCAUCAUCACUUUCUUUUUCAUUUCGUUGUUUUAUUGUUCAAUUCCUGGGUUUUUUGGAUUUGAUUAUGGAAGGGCAUUUGGUCGCAGUGGAUUCAUAAUUUAUUGGAUGUCAACUUGGUUAUAUAUGGUGGCUUGUGGUAGUACCAACGAAAAUGUCAUUAGUCUAAUAUUUUUGUGGAAACCAGAAUUUAUGGGAUUUUGGAUCACAAUUUUUGUAAUGUUGAACGUUGCACCUUCAUUUUUCCCAAUGGCUCUGGAUAACGUAUUCUAUAGGUAUGGGUAUGCUAUGCCGAUUCAUAAUGCGAUUGAUAUAUUUCGAGUUAUUUUCUUGGAUACUUCGAGAAGACAUAUGGGUAGAAAUUAUGGUGUCUUGGUGGCAUGGAUAGUUGUUAAUUCUGUUCUCUGCCCUAUUAUUCUCAAAUACGUAGAUAAAGUAAACAGAAGAAGACAACUUCAGGUUAUAAAAGAGGGCUCUAAAUUGGAAUGA